AUGGGUGCCGCCAUCCUUAACCUCUUCGUCUUACUCUUCCUCAUCUUCUCAUCCCAUUCAUUUCCCUCAGUCCACUCCCAACAAUUCCCAAUCACCAAUGAAGGUGGCGGCAUUGACCCCACCAAAACCCCUGUCUACAUCGUGCACGUGGAGAAGCCACACGGCAUCUCCAACCGUCCACUUCGCUUACGCGACCUAAAAAAUUGGUACAUGUCUUUUCUUCCAAAUGCCACCCUCGCUUCUGGCGAAUCUCGCAUGGUAUACACAUAUCGUGAAGUCAUCACUGGCUUUGCCGCCCGCCAAAGCCCAAAAGAAGUCGAAGCCAUGGAAUCCCUUGAUGGCUUCAUCGAGGCUAACCCAGAAAAAGAACACUAUACUUCCACAACCUACACCCCCACCUUCCUCUCACUUAAUGACAAACCAUCCAACACGUUAUGGUAUGACUCUUCCAUGGGUGCCGGCCAAAUCAUUGGGGUCAUCGAUAGUGGCAUCAGCCCUAAUCAUCCCUCCUUCAAUGACAAUGGGAUGCCCCCUCCUCCUGUGAAGUGGAGUGGCAAAUGUUAUUGGGGGAAUGCACGUACUUGCAACAACAAACUCCUCGGUGCCGUCGCAUUUCGUAACGGAGUUUACCCGGACCCGUACGACAACGAUGGCCAUGGCACCCAUGUUGCUAGCACAGCGGCUGGAAAUUUCAUCAAUAAUGCCAACGUGACCGGGCAGGCCGCCGGGAUAGCCUCUGGCAUGGCCCCACGCGCUCAUCUCGCUGUUUAUAAAAUCUCGUUUAUCAACCCAUCGGGCAUCUCAGUGUCUACUGAUGCAGAUAUCUAUGCUGGUAUAGAACAAGCCAUUCGUGACCAUGUUGAUAUUCUUCAAAUGUCGAUUGGGUUUGUCAAGUAUCAACUGUAUAAUAGUCCAAUUGUUAUUGGUUCAUUUGCGGCUAUAACAAAAGGGAUUGUUCCAUGUGCUUGCAUGAUGAACAUGGGGCCAACACCGAGCAUUUUAGCUAAUGACGCUCCAUGGAUACUAAUUGUUGGCGCGAGUACAUUCGAUAGAAAAAUAAUGGCUUCAGUGUUGCUUGGAAAGGGCUCGGAGUUAGCGGGUGAGUCAGCUUACCAACCUGGGACCUUUCCUUCCACUCAAAUACCACUCGCAUUCCCAUUUGACCAGCUUUCAACGGUUAAAUCCACGGGUUGUCACUUGGGUGAGCUCAAGAAGUUAAAUCUACGGGACAACAUUGUUAUGUGCUACCGCUUUGGCUUAAAGGAUGACGAGCGUGGCCGCAAUGUUUUGAUUUCCGGCGGCAAAGCCAUGAUUUUAUUGAAUGAUAUGCCAGAAGGAGAGACCACAAAAGCUUACGCGCAUGUGCUCCCUUCCUCACACCUUAACAACACCGACACCAAUGUCAUAAUCGAGUACUAUAGCAACACAGCGAAUCCGACUGCCGCGAUAAAAUUUCGUGGAACCCUAUUUGGAAUUAACUCUGCCCCAGCUGUCGCAACCUUCUCAUCACGUGGACCAAGCUUGACCAAUGGAGGGAUCAUAAAACCUGAUGUCAUUGCACCAGGAGUCAAUAUUCUAGCUGCGUGGCCGCGAACAGUGGGGCCAACAAAAUCCAUAUUCAACUUCUUGAGCGGUACGUCCAUGGCUACUUCACAUGUGUCUGGUAUCGUGGCACUGUUAAGAAAUAAGUACCUGAAUUGGUCACCUGCGGCAAUCAAAUCAGCGAUUAUGACGACCGCAUAUACAUUAGAUCGCAAAGGGAAUCCAAUCACCGACGAAUACGAAGGUACUUCAGCUACCGUGUUCGAGCAAGGAGCAGGCCAUAUAGAUCCAGAAGCAGCCACGAAACCUGGGAUUAUAUAUGAGCUAAACUACUAUGACUAUGUCCAUUACUUAUGUGGAUACUGUAAAUCGAAUAGUCCAGUACAAAUGAUCAUAAAGACUAAGAUGAAUUGUUCGCAGGUGAAAACAAUAGAGCCAGAGCAACUUAAUUAUCCGUCCUUUAGCGUGAGUAUUGGAGGGAACAUAACGGAGGUGCAGGUGAAAAGAAAAGUAACAAAUGUUGGGGAUGCAGGGUCGACUUAUACUGUGGAUGUGAAGGACCCAGAAGGGGUAAGGGUUGAGGUAACUCCACAAACAUUACAAUUUAACCAGGUAGGGGAAGAGGUGAGCUAUGAGGUGAAAUUUAGUUUGAAGGGGGGCUUGCCUAAGCCAGCUGCUGGUGAGGUGAGAGAAGGGCGAUUGAAUUGGGAUUCUGGGAAGUAUUAUGCUAGUAGCCCAAUGGUGGUCACAUUUGUUUGA